UUUAUGCAUUUCAUUACCAAAACGGAUUAACAGACAAACAUCACUAGAGUUGUAUCUUAAAUUUAAGGUAUGGCGAAGAAGAAGUGGGUUUUCAAUCUCAGAUUAUUGCAAGCAUGUCUUCCAUUUGCAAUUAUCUAUUUAGGAUUUUCAUAACAAAUUUGAGAAGUAUAUUUCAUCAAAAAUGUCAAUCACCAUCUUCAGAUUAUGCACAACUUGAAACAAGUCAUUACCAACAUGGUAUUCCUGGAAUCCCAACUGAUGGUAAAGUUGUUCUACUCAAGAAUUCCAGCAAUGGGGCUCUACUCUAUCUAAUUGGAACUGCUCAUGGUUCUAAACAGAGUGCUGAAACCGUCAAGGAGGUGAUCGAUUAUGUAAGGCCUGAUGUAGUUGCGGUUGAGCUGUGCAAGAAACGUGCCAUGGGGAUCAUGGAUUGGACACCUGAAGAUGAGAUAUCAUUGUCCAUGUUGUUCCGUAGAUCCAUGAGAGCUGCAGGUGGACUGUGCAUGAAGUUUGUUAUCUUUAUUGAGAGUUGUCGGGAGCGCCGAUCGCAUGCAAAUGGUAUUUUUCCUGGCCUGGAGUUCAAGGUUGCUAUAGAAGAAUCUUCUAGAGUGGGAGCAAGAUAUUUCUACAUUGAUCAAGAUAUGGAUGUUACUCUUCAACAAUUAUGUAAAGUAUCAUCAUUUUACUGGCGUUGGGAUGCAUAUAGGACUAGAGUAAGGGAUGAAGCCAAAUGUACAAGAUCCUUUGUGCAGGAAACGCAUAGCUUUCAGAAAAAACUUAGUCCAGAGUUUUUUGAGGCGAUGAUUGAAGAUAGAGACAAGUUUAUGUUUACGAACCUUAGAAGUUUCCAAGGAAAAGUUGUAGCAGUGGUUGGGCUGGCUCACAUGGAUGGAAUUGAACGAUUGUGGAAGCGGGCAGAGGAGGAUGACAAUAGCAGUGUCUUUAUAACUGUAAUUGAGGGUUGCCACGGGCAUUCAGAGUAAGGUGAAGACGAAUUGUUAGGAAAAUAUGCAGCAUAUGUUUCUUCAAAUAUGAAUUGUAUACACAGAGCUUGGUUUUCUUAGGUUAUUUAGGACAUUAGACGUUAUAGAUAUGUUCUUUUUAUAUAUGCUUUACAGAGUUCAAACUGUUACAAUCCAAAAUGAAUAUGAUCAACAAUGAAACUCAGCAUAUGUCUUGUUUCAAGAUUGUGGAAGUAUUUUUUUAUUUUUUCUGUCUUCAAAUGUGUAAACCUAUUUACCAUGACUGAAUUCAGACAGAAC